UUGGAUGUGACGAGAUUGAUAACACCCACCCACAGCCGAUGAUCCCGUACUAGGGCUGAGAUUUUGAGCUAACGUUGUAACAUGAGGGGCACAACCAGCGGCCCGGAGACAUUUCUUGGGAGGUUGGUCGGAUGUUAGGUGGCUAACUAAUUCUCACCUUCAGCUGCAGGACGGUGUGGAUGGAACGGAAUUUCGGAGUUUAGAUUGACCGAUAGCCGUCUGUAUAGCCGGAAUGGAUGCCGUCUAGCUCCACCAACUCUGUCCGAGAGGUAACCGAAGUGACGACAUUCACCACUGCUCUGUUGCAAUCAUACAACUGACCUAUAAGCAACCUGAAGCUAUUAUUCGACACUUUGCGCCUUCGUCUCGAUAUAUCUUGAGACGAGCACCAUGCCAGACUCCGCCGCGGAAGGGGAGAGCAAUGUUGGCAUUGAGCGCUUUAAUGCGGAGGCUGCCGCCUGGGACAAGAAUCCCUUUGUCCACGCCAUGAGUCUCGAGGCUUGGAAAGCGAUACAGAAGUUUGUUCCAUCUCUAUUCACGAACGCUCCCAGGCGGCCAGACAUCCUGGAAAUUGGCUGUGGAACCGGACUCCUCAGCUUGGAAGUGGCCCCCGCCGCGAAUCGAUUGGUAGCAGUUGACGCCGCCAAGGGCAUGAUUGACGUCCUCUCUUCGAAGCUGAGGAAGCCAAAUACCCCCGAGAAUAUCCUUCCUCUCGCAGUUCUACUGGAAGACCCCGAGAACAAAAUGCUACCACCAGCGGAUCCGGCCGAACCCAAUGGGCCAAGACUCAAAUUCGACCUCAUCAUCUCCCACCUGGUCUUGCACCACAUCCCGGAUCUUAAGCCCGUCUUGGCGACCAUGCUCGGCUGCUUGAAGGAGGGUGGAACAGUGGCGCUAACGGACUUUGAGGACUUUGGACCUGAAGCGCGGCGGUUCCAUCCCGAGUCCAAGAUGGACGGAGUCGAGCGCGAUGGCAUCGGACGGGAGUCGAUUGCCGCCUUAAUGCGGGAAGUCGGGUUUAGGGAUGUCAAGGUAGAGGUGGCCUGGGAGCACUCAAAGAUUGUCGAAAAGUAUCCUGGGGAGUUUAAAGACGGCGAACCGGCUAAGGGCGAGGGGGAACUAAUGAAGUUCCCUUAUAUUAUAUGCUUAGGCAAGAAGGCUUAAAGGUUAAGAACAGAUUUAAGACAUCUUUUUUGAACGCUAAAAUGUCAUAAACUGGGGUGUCCGGUCCUAAUUCGUGAAAUAGCAAAAACAUCAGUCGGAAUUCACACAACAUAUAGAAAUUGCGUGACGCAUCCAGUCAAGGCGCCGAGGAUCGAAGUCUGUUCAUACGCAACUUCAUAAUGAGUUUUGAGACAAGAC